UCAGUCCGGCGCCGUCAGCUUCCGGGUCGCGAUCGCGUGCGGCUCAUCCGAGGCCGCAGCAGCAGCAGCAGCAGCAGCAAGAGGAGCCGCAGCCGCAGCAGGAGGCGCUGACGAAGCCGCAUCGGCGAGAGAGCGAGAGAGCGAGGAGAGGGGGACGCCGCCGCCCCAUGUUCUCGUGGAUCAACAAGGAUGAGGCGAAGAAGAAGCAGCUGGACGUGUACGACUCGGUGCUGGAGGGCCUCCGCAAGAUCUACAAGGCGAAGGUGCAGCCGCUGGAGGCCAGCUACCAGUUCCACGACUUCCACUCGCCGGCGCUGGACGACCCCGACUUCGACGCCAAGCCCAUGAUCCUGCUGGUGGGGCAGUACUCGACGGGCAAGACCACGUUCAUCCGCUACCUGCUGGAGCGCGACUUCCCGGGCAUCCGCAUCGGGCCCGAGCCCACCACCGACGGCUUCAUCGCCGUCAUGCACGGCGACACGGACGGCGUGAUCCCCGGCAACGCGCUGGUGGUGGACCCCAAGAAGCCGUUCCGGCCGCUGUCCAAGUUCGGCAACGCCUUCCUCAACAGGUUCCAGUGCUCGCAGGUGGCGUCGUCCGUGCUGAAGGGGCUGUCGGUGAUCGACACGCCGGGCAUCCUGUCGGGCGAGAAGCAGCGCGUGGACCGCGGCUACGAGUUCACGGGCGUGCUGGAGUGGUUCGCCGAGCGCGUCGACCGCAUCAUCCUGCUGUUCGACGCCCACAAGCUCGACAUCUCGGACGAGUUCCGGCGCUCGAUCGAGGCGCUGCGCGGCCACGACGACAAGAUCCGCAUCGUGCUCAACAAGGCGGACAUGGUGGACCACCAGCAGCUGAUGCGGGUGUACGGCGCCCUCAUGUGGUCCCUGGGCAAGGUGCUCAACACGCCCGAGGUGGCGCGGGUCUACAUUGGCUCCUUCUGGGACCAGCCCCUCAGAUACGACGUCAACAGGAGACUGUUCGAAGCUGAGGAGCAGGACCUGUUCGCCGACCUCCAGUCUCUGCCUCGCAAUGCAGCACUCAGGAAGCUCAACGACCUUAUCAAGCGUGCUCGUCUUGCAAAGGUCCACGCCUACAUCAUCUCCGAGCUGAAGAAGGAGAUGCCGUCAAUGUUUGGGCGUGAGAGCAAGAAGAAGGAACUCAUCAAGAACCUCGGCACCAUCUACGAGAAAAUCCAACGAGAACACCAAAUUUCUCCAGGAGAUUUCCCCGAGAUCAAGCGCAUGCAGGAUCAACUCCAGCACCACGACUUCACCAAAUUCAACUUGAUAAAGCCCCGACUUCUGGAGGCAUCGACAAAGUGCUGUGAGGGGUUGCCCGCCUAUGGAUGUGUCAUGUCAAAGACCCUCAGGCGUGAAGUGUAUAGGCUUGAUGUCACUGUAAAUGUCGCAGUGAAUAGGUCUAGAUCACUACUUAAAAAAAAUCUCUGCGCUGACUCAUCUAGAGUUCACCUAGAGUGGAAGUUUUGUUGUCCAUGUGGAAUACCCUGGCCAUGCACUCUCCUGGUUAGUUCAGUAGAUUGGUGCACCAAAGUUCUCAAAGAUUUUCAAAACGGCUCACACGUAAUGAGAGAUCAUGUUGGCAUACUAAUAGGCUCCUUGGUGGGUGAGCAUUUGUGGAGAAGUCUUUGUGCAAAUAAUAUUCUCAAAAGGAAACUCCAGGUGACGUUACAGUUACCCAAAAUAUUUCAUGUGCACAACAGCAGGUGCAUGAGGGAAGUGCAAUCACGCAAAAACUAUUGGCUUAAAAUCAAAGGAAAAUGGAACAUAAAUUCUUUUACACUGCCAAGAAACCUAGAGGGUGUUGUUAUAACUGUUGACUACUAUGAUAAUUUUUUGGCAUGUCCAUUAAUUUUUUGUUUUUGUUUAUUUAUAUCUACAGGAGGCGCAUUUGAUGGUGUCAUGAACGACAACACAGUCUUUGGCUACAAGAGAGGAGAGGGCAUUGACGCAGGCUCAGGGGAACCAGAAUGGAUCGUGGCCAAGGAUCGGUACAAGUAUGACCAGCUCUUCGACAGCCUCAACCCCAUUGAUGGGAAGAUCACUGGAUCAGCUGCUAAGAGUGAGAUGGUGAAGUCAAAGCUACCCAACUCAGUCCUCGGGAAAGUGUGGAAGCUCUCCGACAUCGACAAGGAUGGCAUGCUCGACGCAGACGAGUUUGCGCUGGCCAUGCACCUCAUCAACAUUAAGCUCGACGACCACGACCUUCCGAGUGACCUUCCCGACCACCUUGUGCCUCCCAGCAAGAGAGGAUUUAAAGCAUAGAAUAAUUAAACCUGUGUGUAGAGUCUUAAGGAAUGGAUAAAGGUGUGUUUUUCUUUUUAUGAAAUGCAGAGUACAGGCGUGCAGAAAGUUAGAUUCAGAUUGGUAGCUCUCUUUUUUUUUUUUUUUUUUUUAUAUAUACACUGAUUGGUUUACCAAAUAGAAAGUAAAAGAAAAAGAAAGAAAAAAGAAAAAAAAAAGAAACCUGGUGGCAGAGAGCUAACUCAAUUUUAAAUUUGAAAUUUACAGGAUAGUACCUUUCAUGUGUUUCCUUUUUAAUGAUUGGAUGGUGAUCAGUUAUAUUCAGAAAUGAUUUCCUCUGUGGGGACAUGUCAGAAGGUAACUGUGAGAAGUAGAUGUAAAAGAAGAUUUUAUGAAGGGCUCUUGCAGAUAAGUGUCAAAGCUGAUUGGCAUAGAGUCAAAUUUUUCUGCCUUUUAUAUGACAUAUUAUCCCAGUGAUGUACAGUAGAUAUGUUUAGUAGGUCUAGUUUGGCCCACUGAUCAUGUGCUGUAAUGCGAGAGAUCCCCAAUAUAUAUAUUUGCAAGAAGGAAAGAAAACCUAAAACUUUUGCUAGUAAUAUUUUCUUUCCUUCGAUCGUGGAACCAAACUUCACCUCCAUAAAAUGCACUCAAGGUCACUUUUGCAGUAAUGAUCUUUGUAAGACAAGGGCAGUAUUUCAUAAAAUAAUAUGAAAAAGAUUAUUUUCUGAAUAUACCUCACUAGUGCUGUCUUUGCAGGAGAAACCAAAAGGUCUAACUAAUGUGUGCAAGUUGAUUUUGCAUUUGUCAGUGGGGAAUUGCAAUUUUGGUGUACAUGAUCCUGGAAAGCGAAGUUGAAAUGUUAGAAUCACGUUAUUUGUUGCAAAGAUGAUUACUGCAACGCUGGCCAGACCCUGGGUAUGCUAGUAUUCACGCAAGUGCCGGGAUUAUUUUCCUAUGUGCAUGUAUGUUUUACUCUGCUUAUCACUGUGUUGAUGAAAUACCUAUAUUUUUUUUGAUUUAGUCAUGAAUCUUAAAUACUAUUAUUAUUAUUAUUAUUGUUUUUUUCACUUUGAAUGACCUUUGCAAGGCUUUUAAAGAAGGUGCUAGAUCAUUUGUAUAGCUGCGUAGGCUUGGCUGACAAAAAAAACAAAGAGAAAAGUUAUAUAUUGCCACAGUGACUGUCAGGAGAAUUCUGUCAUUCCAUCAUUUGUAUAUAGUUUGAGUUCUGCACUAGACCAAGUGUUGUUGAUUUGGUGUACAUCUGUGGUUGGUGUCAUAAGUACAGGCAGCCAAACUGCUGAUAAUAUGAGAGAAAAACUCAAGGAAGAAGUAAUAUAUGACAUUUAUUUUAUAAAUGAAGUUCUGAAUUGUUUGCGUACUGUUGAAAAAUAUGUUCUACUUAUUUUGCAUUCUCAAUUUUUUUUUUUUUUUUUUUUUUUUUUUUUCUUUUUUUUCUUUUCCAAUAUCUAUGGCCUUUUGGUGGGUGUUAGAUAAUUGUAUGAAUAGAGAGGGUAUAAAAAUUCAUCAGGAAAUUAGAUUUUUUACACAGUAAGUUAAGAUUUUUUUUUCCUUAAAGUUGUUCCAUCAUGGAACAAGACAAGUGUUUUUGUAUUGAGUGUUGUCAUUUCAUUGCAAAUAAUGUCACGUCAGUACUUAUGUCUGGAUUGUACAUUGCAUGACAUUUUUUUCAUACUGUAUUUUUAUGAAGUUAAGCGAUAGAUUAGAAAAGUUUUAUUAGUGAGUUCUGGAAUUGAUAUCAGCCUUGAGACAGAUGUUUUUGAGUUACAUCAAAUUGAAAAUGAUUUUUUUUUCUCCUCCCCGCAACAUCAUUCUUUCUCUUUCUUUUUAAGAUAAUUGCUACACCCUUUUGUACCCUUGUAACAGAAUGGAAAACAAAACUACAUUAUCCUUAGGCUAAGAUUUUUUUUCUCCAAUUUCUUUUCUUUUUUCCUAAUUGUAGAUUUGUUGUAAAUAAGGAUUCUAUCACAGAUUUCAAUUUAUAUUUUACCAAACACUAGAAAGGAAAGUAUUCAACCACAAUGUUGCCAAUUCUUCAGGAAACCAAAGAGAAUCUGCUCCAUUUAUGCCUGUAAACUCUGAACCUUCAAAAUAUUUUAUUAGUUGUUGAUGUAACCUGCUGAAUGAAGAAAAAAGUUUAUAACUUCUGUAAGUAUAUUACUUUAUACAUAAAUUAUGCAAUGUU